CUACUGAAGACUCAGGGUACGUGCUGAUCAAGGGGUGGAAAAUGUGGACGUGACACGACUUAUGUUUAUGAUUCGUGGAACAGGAAGAAGCAGUUUUAUAUCUGGGAAGAGUGUGUACAAUCAAAGGAUUGAGUGACUAUGGAGAGAUCUGUGGACAGCUGUAACGUGCAUUUAUUAUGAUGUGCUACGCUACCUUGAAAAAGAGGGAUACCUGGACAUUUCAAAUGAAGCACACCUCUUCUGUUGCCAUUAUGUCUUCCUGCCACGUCUGCAGGAUGAUCUGGAUACUUUCCGCAGUGGCUGGGACAAUCACCCACUUCGAACUGAAAGCAACAUGACUCUUAACCAGCUCUGGGUUCUUGGUCGUACACAUCAUCCAAUUCCUGAACCCCACGGUGCCUUGACAGAGGCACAUUUUAAUUGGGACAAUUUAAUGUGUAGCAUGUGUACUACCAUUCACUUAAUUUGUAAAAUAGUAAUCUACAAUAUCUUACUAAGUCAAUUUUGAGUUCUCUUGAUCCCUUCUUUGUGUUUUCCAGGGUGUACAGAUUCCCAAAAUUGAAUGGGAGGACAGCGGGCUUCCUCUUCAUGAAGAGUCAAAUGUCACAGUACCAAACUCUAAUUUGCAACUGACUGACGAACAAAUGGCAGCCUUAAGAAAUGCAGUAAACCCAAAAGCCACAUCAGUGUCUUCUGGAUGUUACAUUUAUAUUGCUGCAGUUCAGUUUUGCAAGCAGUUUUUUACUAUGUGAAAGUUAUACAGUUUACGGAAGCGUAUUGCUAUCACGCAGGGAAAAAGAUUCAAGAGCUAUCACGUUGAGACGUGAUAGUUGUCUUGUUAAAACGUGAUACGUAUCUUAUAUAAAUGUGAUAAUUUUAUGUCCAGGAAGUGGCGGUAUUAUGCUAGGCUAGUACAGUGGCUAACAGGAGUUGGUCAAGUUUCCCUUCAUGUUUAGUCUAAAACACGGAGAGAUACGGAUGCUGCUUUGCACUGUGGUUGAAACCAUUAAUGGCAUGCACACUCUGAGCAGGAUCCUAAACAGAACGGGACUGCACAGAAGGAAACGUCAGUCCGAUCCUCUAGCUGUGGCGGCUUUCCUAACUGACUCUGGAUUGAAGCUGAAGUUGGCUUCCGAUUGUAACUUCUGAUUCGGGAAAUGGCUAAAGGGCGAUUAUAACGGAGAUGUAUUUGCUGAACAUUUUAUGUUCAGAUUUUUAUUGAACAAUACAAUAGCUGAAUAACGGCAAACGGCUGUUUGGAAAGGGGGGGAAGAUUACACAAGGAGAAAUAACCAAAAUACAAACACAAAGGAGUAAGUAGACUAAAGGAACCUAAUUAGAACAAAGGAAAAUAACUAGAAACAAGAAAUAAACAUAAUUAGAAACACCAAUGAAGAAUGUGGAAAACAAGGCAAAAUGAAAUGGAAACAACUUAGGAACACCAAAAGAAUCUGAGGAGGACUCUGGCGGAACAGCAGCCUUGGGGGACACCGGCGGCGGAGCAGAAACCUAGGAGGAUGCUGGGGAUGUGUCCCAUCCUGGCUGAUCUCCUAAGCCUUGUCGCUGGUCCUGUUGACCUUCCAGCCAAACUCCUGAGCCUGGCUAGGAGAUCGAUGGGACCUGCGACAAGGGCAGCGGAGCAAGUACCUACCGGCGGCAGAGCAGGAACCAGGAGGGUAAUGGGACCCGCAACAAAGCCCUGGAGGCAGGUCGGGAGACCAACAGUACUCAAUACAAAGCCCUAGAGGUCAGCCUGGAGACCAACGGGACUCGCUACAAAGCCAUGGAAGCAGGCCAGGAGACCAACAGGACUCGCUACAAAUCCCUGGAGGCAGGCCGGGAGACCGACGGGACUCGCUACGAAGCCCUGGAGACCAGUACGGAGACCAAUGGGACUCGGUACAAAGCCCUGGAGGCCAGUACGGAGACCAACGGGACUCGCUAUGAAGCCCUGGAGGCAGCCCAGGAGACCGACAGGACUCAAUACGAAGCCCUGGAGGUCGGCCAGGAGACCAACUUCACUUGCUACGAAGCCCUGGAAGUCAGCCCAGAGACUAAUGAGACUCGCUAUGAAGCACUGAAGGCAGCCCGGGAGACCGACAGGACUCAAUACGAAGCCCUGGAGGUCGGCCAGGAGACCAACUUCACUUGCUACGAAGCCCUGGAAGUCAGCCUGGAGACCAACGGGACUCGCUACGAAGCCCUUGAGGCCAGCACAGAGACGGACGAGACUUGCUAUGAAGCCAUGAAGGUCAGCACGGAGACCAACGGAACUCGCUUUGAAGCCAUGGAGGCAGGCCGGGAGACCAUCAGGACUCGCUACAAAGCCCUGGAGGUCAGCACGGAGACCAACGGGAUUCCCUGCAAAGCCCUGGAGGUCAGCACGGAGACGGACAGGACUCGCUACGAAGCCCUUUAG